AUGCUUAGAUUUGCUGUUGCAAGAACUGGCGUUCGCCAGAGGGUACAAGUGGGAUCACUUGCGUCCUCACUCAAAUAUUUGUCCGUGUCUGCUACUGUCAACGCUGCAGCUCCAGCAGGAAAGAAGAAGGUUAAAAUGGGAUUCAAGCCCAAGGAAACCAAGGAAAAGGUCAAGAAGUCUGGUAUGACCCAUUUGAAAUUCGAAGAUGCCGUCAGACAGUUGAAGUUUGAGAACUUGGCGAGGGAUCUCAACGACUUGCAGCUCGCAGAGUUGGCAGCAGACAAGUUGGAGUCGAUCCUGUCAACUGUCGUUAAAUUUAACGGACAGACUGACAAACUGUUGAAGGAGUUGGGAUCAUUCAAGAAGGCUCAGCACCAUGAGCUUUUUAGAAACCACUUGUCUUUGGUCAGUGACAACACCGUGGCUAUUCGUGAUCAGUUUCUUCUGAAGUUGGACAGCGCCUCUAAAGAUAAUAGAGUGUGUUUGCUUGGAGAGAAGGGAGUUGGAAAGUCUACUUUGAUUGCACAGGCGCAAGCUUUGGCACUUUCUCAGCACAAUGGUGAUGUUGUAUUGCUUCACCUCGACUUUCCAGAGAGAAUCGUGGAAGGCUCUAGUGAUUACAUUUUGAACAGAAAGAUGAAAAAGUACCAACAACCAAUGUUCACGAAGAGAUGGAUCAAGAAAUUGCGUGCUGCCAAUGAAGCUGUGUUCAAGAAGAUGCCAUUGACAAGAGAUAUUAGCUUCGUGGCUAAGAAAGUGGAGCACAACUUGAAGAAAGGUGAGAACACCGUGUAUGAUUUCAUUCUUCUUAACCACGACUUCGGCCUUGUUGGUCCUUCCACCGCUUUCAAAUUCUUGGUUGAAGAGUUGAAGGCACAUUCAGAGAAAUUCCCUGUGCUUGUUUCUAUCGACAACUUCAAUGCGUUGAUCGCUGAAGCGUUCACCAAGUAUUUCCACCCCAACAUGGUGCCUAUCCAUUUCACACAAUUUGAGGCAGGCCACUUCAUUGAGCAGUUGGUGAGCGGAGAACUUUCGUUUGCCAAGGGUGGUGUUCUUCUCGCUGAGAGCAAAGAUCUCGGUGAAUGCAAGACUUUGAGAGUUGGCUUGAAGUUGCAAGAGCACGAUCCAUAUGACAAAAGAACGCAGUGCGACGCUGUCUUUGCUGAUACUAUGACCAAGAACGGUGGAGUCAAGCCUUUAUUCCUUAAGAACUUGUCUAAGGACCAAACUAGAGAGUUGUUGCUGUUCUGGGACAAGUCUGGAGUUUUGCAAGUUAGAGACUACCCUACAAAGGAGAUUUAUAAGAGCACAGAGGAGAUGUUGCAAGACAAGCGUGCGAGAAAGGUGGGAGAGUAUGUGGAGUGUGUUGACCCACAGGCACAACUCGAGAACCUUGUGCAAUCAUCUUACAUGCUUUCAUCGGGAAACCCAGGCAGUCUUUUGAAGAUCAAUCACUUGGUUUUCUAG